CGCAGCAGCAGCAGCAGCCAGAGGGGCCGGGCUGCACGUGUCCCGAGGAGCACCAAGACUAUGCCACACACGAGCGGCGGGCGCAGCCCAGGCCAUGGCGGGGUCCGGCGAGGCUUUGGCACUGCACGUCCUGCUCUGCUGCCUGUGCGGAGGUGCUGAGAACAUCAAGUGCUCGGGGCGCGUCUGGAUCGAGCCCGCGCCCGUGGUGCGGAUGGGCUCCAACAUCUCCAUCAACUGCCUCUCCGCCCUCGGCUGCCGCCAGACCAAGUUCCUCAUCCUCUUCAACUACAGCGAGGCUGCGGGUCCCCUGCAGCCCCUCAACAGCAGCACCGUGCAGCUCCGCCUGCGCGAUUUUCGGAUGCCCUUUGCGACCGUCGCCUGCUUCGCCCGCUGCCCUGACAACAGAAAGAACGAGCUGGUGUGCGGUGCUGACAUCCAGGCUGGCUACCCUCCGGACCCUCCCAGCAACAUGACCUGUAUCAUCAUGGAGCGCUCGGGGCGCCUGACCUGCACCUGGGACACGGGGCGGCCGACCCACCUGCACACCCACUACAGCCUCCACCUGCGCAGGUGAGACCCCGAGAAUGUUGAGGAGGAGGAGAAGGUCUUCUCCAUGGGCUCACCGGUGCUGCUGAAGGCUCUGCACGGCCGGAGCUGCUACUCGGCGUGGGUGCAGGCCCGCAACGCGCUGGGCACUGCCCGCUCGGCCCCUCAGCGCCUCGACUUGCAGGAGCUCUUGGUUCCCGCUCUGCCCGUGGUCGCCGGCGCCGAGACGACGGAGACGUCACGUCCCAGCACCACCAUCCGCUGGAGCAGGCAGACACUGAUGGACAACGUGAGCUGUGAGGAGCGACACAAAGCCGUGGGCACCCCGACGUGGCACGUGGAGGCGUGGGAUGGCACAGGGCAGCGUGGGCACAACCUGCAGAGCAACACCCGGUACGUGUUCCAGGUCAGGUGCCGGCUCAGCCCUGCCAGCAGCCCCUGGAGUGCCUGGAGCUCCCCUUUCCUCUACAGCACCCCCGAGGCAGCCCCCGCCACCGCACCCGACGUCUGGCGGCGUCUCGGCCCCGCGCUCCCCGACGGCAGCCGCGAGGUGACGGUCUUGAUCAAGCCCCUGCCAGCCCGGGAUGCCCGCGGGAGGAUCCUGGGCUACACCGUGGCCACCGAGAGCCCCGGGGGAACGCUGGUCCUCUGCAACACCUCCAGCACAGCGUGCAAAGCCCUGGUGCCUCCGGGAGCCCGCAGCCUCCACGUCACUGCCCACAACUCCAGGGGGGCUUCCAGCCCCGCCAGCAUCCCCCUCGGCUGGCACAGCGGUGGCCAGGAAGAGUUCCCAGCGCCAGCAGCCGUGGAGGUGAAGCCUGAGAACAUGAGCAGGGUCUUGGUGGCCUGGCAGCCCCCCAGCCACAGCAGGAAGGCUCUGCUCUGCUUCAUAGUGGAGGGAGUUUCCACCACCCAGCACAGCUGGGAGGAGCAGUACUUCUGGAAGAAGGUGCCACCCCAGGAGACACAGACGUACAUCCCAGAAGAUGCAGCAGCAGGAGGUCACAUCAAUGUGUCAGUGUAUGCAGUCUACCCCGAUGGAGUCAGCAAGCCAAGCUCUGGCCAAGUCCCUUCAGAGGAGCAGCUCCUGGGCAGCACCUACAGCCACAUCUCCCAAGAUGAUGACACUGGAGUUUUCCUGGGACUGGGCAUCAGUAUGGUCAUACUAUCAUCUGGUUUUGCAAUGCUGAUGUUUAAAAAAUCAGCCAGAAGAAGAAUCAAGGCCUCUGCUGUGCUGUUGUUGCCAAAGUGGCUGCUUGAAGACUUUCCCCACAUGGAAAACAGCAGCGUGGUAAAGUCACUGCAGGAAAAGAGCGAUUUCAUGAGUAACAGCUUCCCUGAGGCGUGCUUGGACACCAGUGACCCCACAGUUACAGAGAUCGAGGAGGUGCCAGUGCAGGAGGAGGACAGGAAGGUGCCCAGCAGAAGGGAGCCCAGCAGAGACGUGCCCAAGGAGCACCCAGACAGGACAGUGCCUGUCAGCAUCAAGGCCCCCGAGCUCAUCAGUGACUACAAACCUCAGGUGUCUGAUGGGAACCCACUGGGGUACAUGGCUGCCAACAUUCCACCUCCCCAGCCCCUCACACCCCUUCCAGAACCGGAGACCAGCAUCUUCUUCGGAGACUACACCAGCCCCGUUCCCCAGCUGUGGGAUGGGGCGGGAGCGGGACCCCCCGUCUGUCUGCUGGAGAAGAUCAACCUCAUCUUAAACAGCAGCCAGAGCGGGCAGAGCCUCACCUUCAGCUCAGCACAGGGUGGCCAUGGGCCCCUCCUGCAGAGCCAGUGGGGACAGGCAGUGCCCAGCCAGGAGCAGACGCUGGUGCCCGAGGAGCUGCUCUGCUGCCUGAGAGCCUCCAACGGGCAGGCGCUGGGGGGCUCAUCCUGCUCCCCACAGAGCAGAUGGUGCUGACAGGAGCUGGGGUUGGGAGGACAAAAAACCCCCUGAAGCAAUGGCUUGUGGCACCCAUCAGCCUUUGAGACUGCAAGCAGCAGGAUCAAAGGAAAACUCCCAAUAUGGAAUUGCUCCUCUUGAUCGACUACAAAGUGUUGUGGCUGCCCGGAAUGCUUUGGCUGGUAAAUCACGGCUUUCAACUUACCUCAUAACGUCACAAGCAUAAAAAGCCUACAGCUCAGGCUCCCAGGAGAGCCAGAACACA